GGAGUGAGAAACUGGGAAAAUUCAAAACACUCUGUUUCUCUCUCUCCUCUCACUCUUCGUUCUCUUCUCUCGUCACAUCAAUCCACACUGUGAAGUAUCUGUUUUUUUUUUUUUUUAGUUUUUCAAGUUCUCUGCUGCUACUAUUGGUCUGUCUUCUCUACCUAAAUCCCAAAUCCCAAAUCCCAAAUCUAGUAUCAUCUAACCUUACUUCGUCCUCUUUUGAUUUAACCUCUUUCUCUGAUCUGACCCAUUUCUCAAGAAUCUCUCUUUCUUCUUAAUUCAUUGGUGUUUUAACCUUUUCAUCGAUUCCAAUUCUCAAUUGUUGUCUGUUUGAGGAACACAAGACCCCCCCUUCCCCUAGUGUUGCUCGCUUCUAGGGCUAGAUCUUCUGGGAACGCGAAAGUUUAGGUCUUUAAUCGAUUUUGUGCGUAAACAGUCCGCAGCAUUUCUGGGUUUUUGUUCCCGUUGCUACAUUUUGUUGGUAACGUGUCGAAUUCGAGAAUUUGAUUGGUUUCUUCACAAGGGUCUCUGGAGUUAACCCAAAAUUGGAAUGAGCUCAUAAGUUAAAGUUGAGGUCUUUGUAACCUUUAGGUAAAUUUGGGUUCAUGUGUGAUCUGAUUUCUUUGAAUUUCUUAAACCGAUUCAAGUUUUGGUCUUUCACAGCUCUCUUCUGUAUUAUCCUGUGGUGGUGGUCUCUUCUGAAUGUGAAUUCAAAUUAACCUGUCUUAAUCUCCAUUUAGUUCAGCUAGAAGUUGGGUUAAUUUAUUGAGGUUUAUGCAAUUUUUGGUCCGGUUUGUUUUGGAAUCAAGAUUAUUUUUCGCUGCAUCUUGCAGUCCAGGACAGUGAUUCAGUGAUUGUGUUAUCUGUAGAUGAACUAAAAAUGGAGGUUGUUGAGAGGAAACGAUCCAGAGGAGGGUUUUUAAAUUUAUUUGAUUGGCAUGGAAAAUCCCGCAAGAAGCUCUUCUCCGGCAGCACCUCAGAACUCUCAGAAGAAUCAAAGCAGCCUGCACAAAACCUCUUGAAGUCGAGGGUUUCUCUUAUUGAGGUUGAUGAGAUUGGAAAGAGUUCAAGUAACAACCAGAGAAGUGACUCGAGCUGUUGUGCAUCUUCAGUAACCAGUGAUGAUGGACAGGGGACAAGAGCCCCGAGUGUGGUUGCGAGGCUUAUGGGUUUAGAGUCUCUACCGGUACCAAAUGUCCAGGAACCUCGACUUAAUCCCGAUCUUGAUCCGUUCUUACUCAGACCUUCACAAAACACUAACAGAUGGGAUGCAUAUGAGAAUCUUGGUUAUGUAAAUCUCCGUAGUGACUAUGAUGGUAUUUCUUGGGACCAUUUGGAUUCUAGAACGAAUAAUGGGCGCAACCAACCGAUUGAACGGUUUCAGUCUGAGACUUUUCCUCCCAGGUCAGCUAAACCGAUAUGUGUUACCAACAAUAGACACCUGUCUCCUAUCCGGAGUCCUGGGUUUGUCCCAUCCAGGAACCCUAUUUAUGUUAUGGAAGCGGCUUCAAGAAUGAUUGAACCAAGUCCUAGGAUGGUUGCUAGAACACGGUUUUCGCCAUCGAAUUCUCCUUCAUCAGUUCCUAUGAGGAUUCAAGAUUUAAGAGAGAAAUUAGAAGCUGCACAGAAAGUGUCUAGCCGUCAAAACUCCAAUGAUACCUUCAACCUUAAGUACCCAAGUGGAAAGCACAACGAGAAGAGAAUUACAACAUCACUCACGACACCGUCAACUAGUAAGUUCAUGGGGAAAAGCAGUACUGAUGGUUUGAAGGGUAAAGUGAAGCCAUCUUAUGUAUCCGCACAAGCAAAGGCCGGUACAACGCCCUUAAGUGUCACCAGAAACUCUGCAAACCAAAAGGAGAAGGCAGACGCUAAAAAGUGCGUAGUCAAAAGCCAGAAUGCUCUCAGAGGAGCUCCCAUUAGCAUGGGAAAGAAUAUGUUUAAGCAGAAUAACCAGAAACAGAACUGCAGAGACAACCAACCUUCGAUGACCUCUGUUUUGAACCAAAAAAGCAGCAAAGUAAAUAACAAAGUUGUAAACAAGGUUCCAGUGGAAAGUGGAUCGAUAUCAAAGCAGUUGGGUUUAUCAACGGCCUCGGCGGAAAAGAAUACUUCUUUAUCUUUGUCACGCAAAAAGACUCUUCCCCGGAGCAAAAAGCUCCCAAAUGGGAUGCAAAAAUCUGGAAUCUCUGAUGAUAAACGGACCAAAAGGAGCGAAAAUAUGAUCAAAUGUAACAUCACCAUUGAUGGUGGCUUGAACAAAGGUAAAGAUGAUCGGAAAAAGGAAAUGGAUGUGAUUUCAUUCACAUUCUCAUCUCCCAUCAAAGGUUUAUCUUCUGAUUCAUUAUCCUCUACUCAAGGAAUUGGUCAAGACACAGACUCUGCAGUUAGUUUCAAUAUUGGCGGCGAUUCCUUAAAUGCUCUGUUGGAGCAAAAGCUCAGAGAGCUGACUUCUAAGCUUGAGUCUUCUAGCUGUAGCCUGACCCAAGAAGAGCCUUCAUAUUCCAUUCCAAUGGAUGAGAUGAACGGGAUGAUUUCAUUUUCAUCAGAAUAUGAAAAGUCAACCCAAAACGGUCUGCGUAAAGUUUUAUCAGAGAGUGAAUCUGUUUCUGACUGCACCUCAUUCUAUGACAAACAAAAAUUCCAGAUACAAGCAGAAGAGCACGAAGUUAGCAGCAUUAGCACUGUGACGGAAGCAGAUGAUCUAAGAAGCUCUUGCAGCAAGGGUUUCUCAGAUUGCAGACAGACCGCAGAAUAUGGGACAAUACAGUCCUCAUCAGAUCAAGAACUCACCUGGGUUUCAUUAAAUGAGUCGCACCAAGCACAAGACGAGUCCGAGCUCUCAGAAUCUGUGGUAACACUGAGUUACUCAGAAGCCGAAGAAAGGCUCGACUGGGAGUUCGAGUACAUAUCCGAGAUCCUCGGGUCUGACCAACUGAUGGUGAAAGAAUAUGCUUUGGGGAUGGCCACUGACGUAUUACCUGCGAGCCUCUUUGAUGAAAUGGAAGGCCGAGGAGAAGUAACAGCAGCCAAAAUCAAGAGAAAGACACUGUUUGAUUUUGUGAAUAAGUGCUUAGCGCUCAGAUGCGAGCAGAUGUUUAUGGGUAGCUGCAGAGGGCUAUUGGGGAAAGGCGGGUUUUUGUUUGAGCAAAGAGAUUGGUUAGCAGAAGAACUGAACAGAGAGAUUCAUGGGUUGAAGAAGAUGAGAGAGAUGAUGAUGGACGAGCUUGUUGACAAAGAGAUGAGCAGUUUCGAAGGGAGAUGGCUUGAUUUCGAGAGAGAGACGUAUGAAGAAGGCAUUGACAUUGAGGGAGAGAUAGUCUCUACGUUGGUAGAUGAUUUAGUUAAUGAUCUUGUCUCAGGUACUCAAAGAAGAACAUUGAGGCAAAGGGAAGGGGUAGUUUCUGCUUUAGUUGAGCCUCAUCUUCUCUCGGCAUUCUAGAUGCUUCUUCUAAUAGUUUCUCUGACAUGAGAAUUGAGAUAAAGUGAAAGUAGCCAACAUCGAGGAGAAUUUUCUCACAAUGUAAUUCACGAGAAUUCCUUAUUUUAUGUUUCUACUUCUAUUGAAAAUGCAAAUAAUAUGAUCAUUUUCUUUCAUUCGUUCUGAUGUAACUAGUGGUCCUCAAGCAUAUGUAAGACUUUGGUUCUGCAAGAAAAUCCAAAACAGAGCCUUUGAUGGGGAAAAUUUCGAAUCUUUUUGAAUCGAAAAGAGUUGUUCUUUCUCAACAACAAAUAAAGCUUCAAUAAGCAUCAAAAUCACAG